UUAUUAGUAUUUCCGAAUGACACCAGGAAAAGCGUCCAAAUGGGUGUUGGCCAUUCCUCCCUUUCUUCUUGUUCGGUUGACUCACUUUGUAUUAUUGCUUUUACAGCACAACCAAAAACAAGCUCUUUUUCCAAUUCCAACCGGCAAAAGCCUCUCUUUCCCACAAAAAAACACUCCCCUUUUGCUGUUCUAAAAAUUGGGACUUUAAACUGCGCGAGAGUAGCUGGGGAGAUGGAAAUCGGAAAGGGUAUUGCUGCAGCAGGAAAACCCAUUGUUGAUCUUCAUGGUAUUGAUGACGGCUUGAUUCAAAAGAUUGUAUAUGAUGCUCUUGUUUGGAGUUCUCUUCAUGGCCUUCUUGUUGGUGACAGAAAUGAUCAGAGAUCUGGGAAACUACCUGGUGUUGGCAUGGUGCACGCUCCAAUUGCUUUGUUGCCCACGUCAUUUCCAGAAUCUCACUGGAAACAAGCAUGUGAACUAGCUCCAAUUUUCAAUGAACUAAUCGAUCGUGUAAGUUUAGAUGGAAAGUUUCUGCAAGACUCCCUAGCUAGGACAAAAAAAGUGGAUGCUUUUACCUCUAGACUUUUAGACAUUCAUUCCAAGAUACUAGAAAUGAACAAGAAAGAGGAAAUACGCUUGGGUUUGCAUCGAUCAGAUUACAUGCUUGAUGAGAAAACUAAAUUACUCCUCCAAAUAGAGUUUAACACAAUUUCAUCUUCGUUUGCUGGUCUUGGUUGUCUUGUGACUGACCUUCACAGGACCCUACUUGAUGACUACGGAGAAGACCUUGGUUUAGAUUCUAAAAGGAUCCCAGGAAACACUGCAACUGGGCAGUUUGCUGAGGCAUUGGCUAAAGCUUGGACUGAAUAUAAUAACCCCAGGGCUGUAGCUAUGAUUGUUGUUCAGACUGAAGAACGCAAUAUGUAUGACCAGCAUUGGCUUUGUACAGUGUUGAAGGAAAGAUAUAAUGUGAGAACUAUCAGGAAAACACUGGCUGAAAUUGAUAGCGAAGGCCAACUUCUGCCUGAUGGCACAUUUCUUGUAGGUGGCCAAGCAGUUGCAGUUGUCUAUUUUAGAGCAGGGUAUGCACCUACUGACUAUCCUUCAGAAUCAGAGUGGAGAGCUCGACUGCUAAUGGAGCAAUCUUCAGCUAUCAAGUGCCCGUCAAUAUCAUAUCAUUUAGCAGGAACUAAGAAGAUUCAACAAGAACUUGCAAAACCUAAUGUGCUUGAGAAGUUCCUUGAGAGCAAAGAGGAUAUCGCCAAACUGCGGAAAUGCUUUGCUGGACUGUGGAGUUUGGUUGACUCAGACAUCACCAAGAAAGCAAUAGAAAAACCUGAGUUAUUUGUCAUGAAGCCUCAAAGAGAAGGAGGAGGGAACAAUAUCUAUGGUGAUGAUGUGAAAGAAACCCUUCUACGAUUGCAAAAGGAAGGGUCUGAAGAAGAUGCUGCUUAUAUACUUAUGCAGAGGAUUUUCCCAGCUGUUUCUCCCACAUUUUUAAUUCGUGAUAGCAUUUGUCAUAAAGAUCAUGCCAUAUCAGAGCUUGGGGUAUACAGUGCUUACUUAAGGAACAAGGAGAGUGUCAUCAUGAAUGACCAAUGUGGCUACUUGAUGAGGACCAAGGUAUCAUCAUCGAACGAAGGAGGGGUUGCAGCCGGAUUUGCGGUCUUAGAUAGUAUAUAUUUGACUUGAUGAACCGAGUUUUGUUGUUACCACUCAUGUAGUUAUUUACAGGACACUCAGCUUGGCAAAUAAUGGUCCUCGUUAUCUUGAAACAUCGAGAAGAGCUCUUCAGGUACUGUCUUGAUAUUAAUUGUUGCGUACUAAUAUUGGAAAAAAUUGAAAUAAUAUCAAAAUUGUAUCAUUGUUAUUUUGGUUUGGUUUAA